GCUGUCAAAUUUAAUUAUGUUCCAUCUCGUAUUUAUGUAAACAAAUCGAAAAUAAAUAAAAAUGUUAACAUUUUUAAAAGAAGCUCGGAGGUUAUUUGCAGCUAGUGAAUCAUUAUGCAUAGUUAUUGGUAAUGAAUCAUGCGAUUUGGAUUCAGCAGUUAGUGCGCUGUGUUUAGCUUACUUUUACCAUGAAAAUAAAUUAAAAUCAUUAACUACAACAGCUAAAAAUUUUAUACCAAUUUUAAAUAUACCACGUAAAGACUAUCAGUUAAAAACUGAAGUUAAUUUUUUAUUUAACAAAUAUCAAAUACAAGUGGAAAAUCUCACUUUCCGUGAUGACAUGCAAGAUGAACUUAUAAAGCGUAGUGAAUUUAUAUUGGUGGAUCAUCAUGUUUCGCCAUUUGCAACGCAUUGUGCUGAGGUAUUUGAUCAUCGGCCAUUAGACGAAACAGCUAAACUACCUGAGACUUGUAAAACAAAUAUACAAUUAGUUGGUUCGUGUGCGACAUUGAUUGGCGAGUUGUUUUUAAAAAAUAUAUCAACUGAAAAUGACAUUAAUAAAUACUAUUUACCACUUGAGUUACUACGUAACACCAUUAUUUUGGAUACUGUAAAUUUUUCGAGUGCAGCAGGUCGUGCUACAACAAAAGAUUCAACGGUUUGUGAAGCUAUUGAAAAAAUUUUACAUAAAACCGAUUAUAAUAUGUCAAGAUCUGACAUCUUUGAUAUGUUACGCACGGCUAGAGCUGAUAUAAGUCAUUUAACUGCUUCGCAACUUCUACGUAAAGAUUUGAAAAUAAUAACAAAUUCUAAUGAAAGUUUAAAAAUCGCAAUGCCAGGCUUUCCAUUACAAGUACAAGAUUUUAUACUUAAACCACAAGCUGCAGAAUCUCUUAGAGAGUUCGCAAUGGAAAAUAAUUGUGCAAUUGUGUUGCUUAUUGGCAUGUUUGUACGGGAAGAUGACGGAACUGUAAAACGAGACAUUGGUAUAAUAAAUAUAAAUUCUCCGAAGUUAUGCGCAAAGAUAGAGAAUGAAUUGUUAAAUUCGAAAGAUCCGUCAUUGGACUUACAACAUGUUAAUAGUUGUUGCUUUUUAGGUGGACAAUUUUAUCUGCAAAACAAUAUUAAAGCAACUCGAAAACAUAUUAUACCAAUUGUAAAGAACGCAUUAGAAAAUUUUCAAAUAUUAGAUCAACAAGUUUGUUAAUAUUAAUUCUUAAA